UUUAGAUGUCAAUUGUUCGGGCAGUAUACGUGUCGACGAUGCGUCUCCUUCAAUUGAUUAUUGCUUUUAUUCGGAAUUUGUGCAAUGGGAAUCGCAACAAAAAGCGCAUGGAUGUGGAUGACUUGCCGUUUGAGGUGGUCGUCGACAACGGUCGUACAGAAAGGAAAGGUGAAGAACGAGCAUCACUGCUUCAAAAUGAAGUCACCGAUUCGUGGGGAGACGAUGACUGGGAUAAAAAGGAAGAAGUGAACGACAAAAUUGAGCAAUGGAGAAACAGUAAUGCUCAGAAACCGGACACCCACACCAAACCAGAUGACGACUUGUUUAGCACACUAGAGCCAACUAUUACCAGCGCCAGAAAAGUUGUCUUGGCCCCACGAGGCGGGUUCCGUGAUACGGCUCCCAAGAAAAGCAGAUUUGACUUUAACGAAGCAAAUGUGGGAGCUACGCCGACACUUGGAGAUAUCGAUGAUGAUCUUCUCGGAUGGGGUGAUGACGAUUUGGAUAGCACCUUGAAAGAGCACCGCGAAGAGCACCAUAAACAGCUACAACAAGAGCACGAACGUCGGCUCCAACAGAAAAAGCUGCAAAACGCUGGUACUCACCACAUGCUCUGAUAAUUGCCAUUUCCUUCGAUUUCUGACUUUCAAUUGUGAUAUGAUAACCUCAAAAUCUCCAUUCAAAAUGAAAACUCUUAAAUUUAAGAGCUUUCAACACCCCGCACUUUCCCACCUCAUCGUUUUUCCCUUCUAUCUUAUCAAUUUUUUGUAUUUUGUGUCAGUUUGCUAUAUCCUCAUCACCUUUUUUACCGUUUAAUCUCUCUAUAGUAUUGUUCGGGUGUUUCAAGAUGAAACGUUUUGUGUGU